AUGGAUGAGUGCGAGAAAGAUUUCAAUGAGAUCAAACAGUAUUUGUCAACCCCCCCCCCCCCCCCAGUUUUGGUGAAUCCAAAAACUGGACAACCUAUUGAAGUUUAUCUGGCCGCAAUAGAGAAUGUUGUAAGUGCAGUGUUGUUUGUUACGGAUCCACAUAAAAAGCCUGUUUACUUCGUCAGUAAAUCUUUGACGGGGGCGGAAGCACAGUACAAGAAAAUUGAUAAGAUAUCACUUGCACUAUUGCAUGCAUCUCGUCGCCUCAAGCCUUAUUUCCAAGUGACGCAGAUCGUAGUCUACCCCGAAUAUCCGCUGAAGAGAAUCCUGGAACGUGCUGAUGAUUCUAACCGACUAGCCAUAUGGUCAAAUUUUCUGGGGGCGUAUGAAAUCAAGUACGAAACCAAAACUGCAGAGAAGGGACAUCCCCUGGCUACGCUGCUAGUAGAUUUUCCUGUGGACCAUAUAGAAACGGUUGCUACAGAAGAUGAGGAGUUGUUCAAACACAUAGAGUCAGCCACUGAUCAGACUGGGGGCGGUUCCACAAUGGAUGUUGAUACACCUGAACCAUUAUGGACCAUAUUUACUGAUGAGUCAUUGAAUGUUGGUGGAGCUGGAGUUGGGUGUGUCAUCCUAACUCCUGAAGGUUCGAGGAUCGAGAAAGCGACCAGGCUGGGUUUUCAAGCAUCAAACAAUGAUGUUGAAUAUGAAGCUUUAAUUAUCGGUUUAAAGGCUUUCAAACAGUUAGAUGCGAAGAACGUAAAGCUGGUAACUGAUUUCAUGCUAGUAGUUAACCAGUUUCUGGGGACCUACAGAGCCAAGGAAGAGAGGAUGACCCUUUACAUGGACCGUAUGAGGGAGAUGGCAAACGAGUUCGAACAAUUUUCCAUUGGGCAGCGACCACGGAUGGAAAACAGGCACGCAGAUGCCUUAGCAUAUCUUUCUUCAGCAGUCGAAACUGAUACCAUCGUUUGGGGCGAGAGGGGAUCUACAUCAACACAGGGAGAUACCGAGAACAUUGACAACAAUAUGGAUGUUGACAGUCCAGUGAUAGAUGAUUCAGGCAAUCAUGCUGAAAACGUUGCAGACUGGCGUCAGCCUUACAUCCAGUAUUUGACAACCGGCGAACUCCCAAAAGAUGAGCAUCUCGCUUCAAAAGUGAAAAAGAAUGCUUGGAGAUAUUCGACGAUCGAAGGACAGCUGUACCGCAAACCUGUGGCUUUUGAGCCAUUUUUGCGAUGCAUAUCAGCAGAAGAAGGGCAACAGAUAUUGGCAGAGGCUCAUGAAUCCCUGGCCAUUCUCUAUGUGGGGACUAGAAUCGUCGAACCACUUCCCAAAGCUCCUGGAGGCGUUAGAUUCGUACUAGCUGCAACUGAUUAUUUUACCAAAUGGGUCGAAGCAGUGGAACUGGUACACGUUACCAGACAUGAUGUGGAAAGGUUCAUAUGGGAGAAUAUCAUCUGCAGAUUUGGAAUCCCAGACGCGAUAGUAUCAGAUAAUGGGAAACAGUUCGAUUAUGGGGUGAUCAAAGACUUUUGCAAAGUCCUGAAUAUUUGCCACAAUUUCUCAUCUCCUUAUUAUGCUCAGAGCAACGGGAAGGCAGAAGCAACCAAUCGCGUUAUUAUGGACAACCUCAAGAAAAGGCUGGAGAAAGUGAAUGGAAAAUGGACAGAAGAAUUCCCUGGAGUUUUAUGGUCCUAUCGGACGACCCAAAAAAGAUCCACUGGAUUUUUCCCAUUUACACUGGCUUAUGAGACAGAGGAAGUCACACCCACAGAGGUACAUCUCAAGACUACCAAAACUCGCGCUGUCAAAUCUGGAAAAAAUGAUAGCAUAUUGGCUUUGGAUAAAGAGUUGCUGGAAGAACAAAGGGAAACAGCCUUGCAGCAGUUAGUUCGAUACCAGCAGGAAAUCAAGAUGAGCUAUGAUCGUAAGGUCAGAGAACGGUCAUUCAAACCAGGGGAAUAUGUCUUGAAGAAAACUCGUGCAGCCACAAUGGAGCCAAACUUUAGAAAUCUCGGAGCAAACUGGGAAGGUCCAUACAUAGUGGACAGGCCAGCAUCUCGUGGAUCCUACUACUUAAGGAACCUCGAUGGAACUAAGGAUUCAAAACCAUGGAAUCCAUGGAAUUCGUUCCACUUUAAGAAGUUUUAUCAUUAG